GUGCAGCUUACCACUGGCCUCUGGCGCGCGAUCUCUGAGCGCUUUCCUGGCGGCUGGAGGCCUCUUCGUGCUGCUGAGCAUGUUGUCGCCCUCCACCAAGCAGGGCAGCGAAGCGGAGGUGGAACGGGCCGCUGAGCUGUUCGAAGAUUUGCUGGCACAGCAUGGUGAUGUCUUGGGUCCCUUGUUGGAGGAGUGUGAGCCUUCAAGCCUCUUACAAAAGCUGGCGCGGGAUUCCAGGUCCUCCACCAAGACGAAGCAACACGCUUUGGCUGGUCGAAGGGCGUUGGAGCGUCCGGCCGAGCCCAUGACUGGGCUACCUGGACCCCGUCCUCCCAAAGCACCUGGGAUGGACACGCGCAGGCUGCAAUCUGCUGGAGCGCAAGCAGUGGGAGGAUACUCUCCGUCAGG